GUAAAAUCCCGUCGCUAAAGAGCUUAGGUUUUGGGCGGGGGGCGCGAAUCCAAAAAAAAAAACAAAAAAAGUAGCGCCCUGCUUUUUCUUAUUAUUUUGGUUUUUCCGCUUAACUCAAAAAUCGGAAGGAACCCUCGAAAAAAAAAAAAAAACCUCGAGAAACUACUGGACGCUCGCUGCACAUUACCUUUUCAGCUCUGGAGAAAACCUUUCGCAGACAUACUCGAACAGAAGCAGCGGCUCGGACGGAAGAAACGCAGGUUCCAUUGUCGAUCAGUUGGGCGCUCUGCAAAAAAGAAAGCCGCAUCAUCUGUGAACAUCCUCUCAGCAUCUGCGUGCAUCGUCGUUAUCGGCUUAAGUAACUUGCAGGGCAGAAUGUCUACAGGAGCCCAUUUCUAUGAGUGAAUGUGCAGCACAACAUUCAAAGAAAAGAAAAAAAAAGAGUAAUUCAAUAAAGGUGAGAGUGAACUUAAAUAGGUUUGGAAUCACAAAGUCAACAAAGUUGUUAUUCAUUAAAUCAGGCAUGCUGGGUAGGGGAUUUGGAUAAGGGCUUAGCUCAAUCCUCUCUAAUAACUCUAAGAUGUCUUCAACGUUUACUAAUGUUCAUGAAAGGGGCAGCCCGAAGUUUGAUAGUUUAAGUGGAAACAGACAAGCAGUCAAGCAGUAAUAGUUGAAGGGGGUAAAGAUAACAAUCUGCCAGAUAUAGAUGUUAUUUUCUAUGAAACUUGCUAGAAGAAUGAUCAACUUGUGGGACUGGAAAGAAUUCAAAAUUGAGAAGUGUUUUGGACAUAAAAUGCUUAGUCAUGUUGUUGGCUUUAGAGGUUGUGUGAGUUGCAAAGAUUUGAAGGGACCAUCUUCUAAAAAAGUGAGCUGGAAGGCAAGGUUGCAUUUAACACAAGAAGGAAACCGAGGCAUGAAAAAUCCAGAAAACCGAGGCAUGAAAAAUCCAGAAAACCGGGGCAUGAAAAAUCGUCCCAGUGCACCAGAAGAUUAUCUCCAAAAGAUUAGAGAGAUGCUACAAGGUCAAGGAAGCAAAGAUUAAAUUCAAGAGCUUGAAAUGAGAUUUGCCGCUGCAUUAUUGUUCAAACAUGACAUAGUUUUUAUAGAUACAUU